CAACAGCACUACAAUCUUGACACUUUCUGAAUGCACCCAUAAAGACAAAUUUUUAUAAUUAAAUUGAAUUGCUUAGCAACGAGUUACAAGUAAAUGUCAGUUCUUAUUUUCUUACAGCAGAAAUAAUGUUAAAAGCUGCCCGAUAAGUCCUCCGAGAGCCUUUUCACUUGGCUGAGCAGGAAUAACAGGUAAGACAAAUGCUGGCUGUGCUGAUCCCCUCCCACCAACCCACAGAAGCAACAUAACAGCUGAGUUUCCUACCUGAAUGUUAGUUUUCCAGGAUUGUGUGAACUUGUCCUGUUCUCAGUAAAAAAAAAACACAACACCUUUUUUUGAAUGCCGAGAAGACAUCGGGUACCUAAGUGACACAGGAGGUCGGGGUACCCUAAGAACGCCGGUAACAGAAUAACUAUGAGGAUUUGCCUGCUCAAUAAACUAAAAACACAGUGCUGUAUGAAAGGCAGCUAACCCGGCAGCAACGAUUUUAGACUGGAACUUCUCCCCAUCUAAAUAUUUUAAGGGGCUGUCAAAAGAGAACUAAGUGCACCUAAGAAGGCACUUAAGAUACAGACGUCUGGAGCAGUGACCCAAGCCAGUUAGCAAAGGAAGCAGUCACGACCUUGUACCACUUUUCUAGGACCGCAUGAGUGAAUGUAGAGACAACACUUGCAGGAACUGGGCAUGAUAAGCUAGUACAUGGCCAGCUGGAAGCUUCUGGAGACAGUCAAUGUGGUUAUUAAAGAGGCUUUGUCCAAGGAGUCUGAAAGGGAAAGGGGCCAUACCCACAAAAGUCGAAAACUUGUAAGGCAAUGAUAAGAAAUACCAACCACUUUUCAAAGGACUGAAGUAAAAACUUAACUGCCUGUGGCUAAACUUGUAUGUCAGAAGGAAUCGAAGAGAAACUGUCUCUGAAAACGAAUAAUUUUUCUACAGUAGACAUUUUUAUGUGAUCGUAUGCAGAUCAUGAUUUAGGGUGGAAAUGCAUACUCUCAACAGCUGUUAUAUUUUAACAAGAAUUGCAGUGAUCUAGCUGCAAAGGCAAACAUCAACGCCCAGCAAGCUACCAACAGACCCGUGGGCUACCAGUUGUGCACCUUGCAAGGUUUUCACAUUCUUUUUCUCCUUACACAUCAGCACGAGGACUGGCGACCCUCGAAGUGACAGGAAUCCUGCAUAAACUGUGAGCUGCUACCGCGGUUUAGAGCAAUUCCUGGAUCCCACUUUGAGACCGGGUCUGCCCAGCUACACCACGUUGUAAACCAAGAAAGAAGACAAAAUGAAUGGCUACGGCUCUCCGUAUUUAUACAUGGGAGGCCCGGUCUCCCAGCCCCGUGCCCCGCUUCAACGGACACCUAAGUGCGCCAGGUGCAGGAAUCAUGGUGUGUUGUCCUGGCUCAAGGGCCACAAGCGCUACUGUCGCUUCAAGGACUGUACCUGUGAAAAGUGCAUCCUGAUCAUUGAACGACAGAGGGUCAUGGCUGCCCAAGUGGCCUUGCGUCGGCAGCAGGCUAACGAGAGCUUGGAGAGUUUGUUACCGGGAUUACCUGGGGAAACCAGGACCCUGCAACAGACACUGCAGUCUCCACCAGCAGUUAGCCAGUUGCCCUCCCAUAGGUGGGUCACUGAGCAGCCGCAGUCGGGCCCCGUGCCCAAACCAGUUAUUUCUGACGAUCAUUUAAGAGAGAAUAACGGAACUGAGAGCGCUGAAAACUACAGUGACAAAGAUACAGACCAGCAAAAUUCUCCUGAGGACCCGAAAAGCAAAAACUGCUUUACAACAGAAAGUCCAGAAGUUGUUGCAGCUGAUGAAGACCGUUACACUGAACAGAAAAAUGGCAGCACUACUGAGGUGAGAACAGAAAGCCCCAAGUACCAAGCUGAGCCAAACCAUCUUCUCAUUGAAGGUCUGUCUGGAACGGUGUCCCUACCAUUUAGUCUGAAAGCCAACAGACCGCCACUGGAAGUGCUGAAGAAAAUAUUUCCAAAUCAUAAACCAGCUGUUCUUGAGUUGAUCUUAAAAGGCUGUGGCGGAGAUUUAGUUGGAGCCAUUGAAGUUCUCUUAUCGAGUCGAUCUUCCUUAAGCUCUGACAGAACUACUGCGGAAGGCUCUGAUGCUCUUGUUUUGCCUUCAAAUGGCCAUUUAUUUGAACACACAUUAACUUCUUACCCUAUCUCUUCUGCAAAAUGGUCUGUAGGUUCAGCUUUUAGAGUUCCUGACACACUACGGUUCUCAGCUGAUUCAAGCAGUGUUCUGCCUAAUCCAUUAGCUAUGCCAUUGCAGCAUCCAUUUCCUCAACCACCUCGAUAUCCCCUUAUGUUACGGAACACCUUGGCAAGAAAUCAGUCCAGUCCCUUUGUUCCCAAUGAUGUUUCUUUGUGGAACACAAUGACUUUACAGCAGCAGUACCAGUUAAGGUCUCAGUAUGUUGCACCAUUUUCAAAUAGUUCUGCUAGUGUUUUCAGAAGUUCUCCUGUCCUCACAGCUCGGCCUGCAGAAGAUCCUAGACUCACCAUUCCCGAUGAUGGGUGCCCUGUAAUAUCAAAGCCAAAUCUUUAUACAGAAGAUGAAUAUGAUGAAAGAUCAGAUUCUUCUGAUUCCAGGAUCCUAAAUGCAUCCUCCUAGGCUGGUAGGCAACCAUAACAUAUGAUCUGCUCUGGUUGGAAAGGAUGACUGACAAAACUCAACAAAACAGAGGACUGAAAUAUGUUACUGUUGUGGUAUGGUGACUAGCAAUUACGUAAUCUUGCUUAAAAAUAACAAAAAAAUGAAAAUAGAGAGCUGAUGAAUAUGAAACCAUAUAUACACCAGAAAAGAGAAGCAUUUGUGGUAAACCAUUUCUAGUGCUUCACUAUGAAAAAAGGAGCUAUAAAAAAUAAAACUGAUGAAGCUUUUUUGAAAAUAUGUGACAGCUUUGCAACAGGGAAAGAGAGGCUGAAUUACCUCUCAGUAUAUACACACAC